ACUUCUAUAUUGAACAUGUUUUCCCUCUUGUUCUUUCAGAUGGAAACCCUCAAACAACAUAACAAAUUAUGGUCCAUAGAGGCCAUGUUUCUCCACGAUUACUUGGAAGUCCCUGUUAGUCGGAAUGUUUACGAGACGGUAACAGGUUCUUCGGCAGAGUCUCCUCAAACGCCAUCUUCCAGCUCACAGUUCAAUGGCUCAGACAGUUCGGACACGAGCACCUCUUCCCCAAGCAGCACCCCAAAGGUUAGCCGCUCACCCUCCACCUCUAGUGGCCUCCAUGACUGUUCUGAAACGAAUCCUACAGACUUCCUUUCCAAGAUCGACUCAAACAUUGCACUCAUGAAAUCCAGUAUUGAGAGAAUGGAGACUCAUGCAUACCCGAUGGUGGACAGAAUGGAAGUUGACGAAUCCCAGUGUCACAAUGGGCGGCGGUCGUACCACUCCAAGGUGCGAGAGAACACGUACCAAAAUGGCUGGCACGAUGCCACAGCAGCUCCCCACCCAGUCGUUAAUCCAGGCCGCACCAUCACCAUGUCCCUCAAGAGACUGCUGCGUGAGCACGAAGAACUGUACGAGUUAUAGCAUACGUGUGGCCUCCCAUAUACUUUCACUAAGACUUUGGGGUCCAGGGUGGGGCUGGGUGUGGAGGAGGGGAAUCGGGGCUGC